UUCAUCUUGACAUUGGCAAAAGUAUGCCUAAUUUGGAAUAUCUCUCUCUUUCCACAAAUAAUUUAAGUGGUGAAAUUCCCUUGUCUCUUUGUCAUCUUCGAUAUGGCGUUCUUGAUCUUUCAAAAAAUCUAUUGUCGGGUGAGCUCCCUGAUUGCUGGAACCACUCUUCCUUUAUCAUUGUUAUGGAUUUUUCAAGCAAUAGUCUAUCUGAAAGUAUUCCUCCAUCAAUCUGUUCAUUACCUUUUCUUGAAUCAUUGCAUUUGAGUAAUAAUAAUCUUUCAGGAGAACUCCCUUCAUCCUUGAAGAGUUGUGCGAGAUUAAAUACUUUUGAUCUUGGACAGAAUGGAUUCACUGGUAAACUACCUACUUGGAUAGGAGAAAGUUUGUUGUCUUUGAAGAUCCUUCGCUUACGAUCAAACAAGCUUGUUGGAAAUAUUCCUCCUAAUCUAUCAAGACUAGGGGCUCUUCAAAUCCUAGAUCUAGCCAGUAACAAUUUAUCAGGAACCAUCCCUUCUAGCUUUGGAAACUUUACUGCCAUGAAAGUGUCGGGGGAGAUGAAUGGAACCAUUUUAAAAAAUUAUACUUAUUACAAUGAAAACAUGCAAGUGACCAUAAAAGGAAUAUACAUUGAGUAUGCCAUAUUGCUUCCACUUGUGAUCGUUAUGGGCCUUUCAAAUAAUAACUUAUUUGGAAUGAUACCAGAAGAGUUGACCAGACUUUUUGGACUCGUGAGCUUAAAUUUGUCUGGAAAUCAACUGACAAGAGAGAUCACAGAAAAGAUUGAUGCAUUGCAACAGUUGGAGUCACUUGACUUGUCAAAAAAUAAUCUUUUCGGUGGAAUUCCUUCAAGCAUCAUUGGUCUAACUUUUUUGAGUGACUUGAACUUGUCAUAUAACAACUUAUCAGGAAGAGUUCCAAUAGGUAAUCAGCUUCAAACCUUCAUUGACCUGUCUAUUUAUAUUGGUAAUCCUGAUCUUUGCGGGUUCCCAUUAAGUCAAAAGUGCAAAGAUGACAAGACAAACCAAGGUCUAAAUGCAGUUGGAGGGGAUGAACAGAAUGAUAACACCAUGGAUGAAGAAGGAUCUGAAAUAGAGUGGUUGUAUAUGAGCAUGGGGCUAGGAUUCGCAGUAGGUUUCUGGAUUGUCUUCGGCCCACUAUCAUUCAAUAGAAAAUGGAGAGAAGCCUAUUUUCAACAUAUAGAUCAAGUAUUCAAUGUGGUUUACAUGGCCCUGGCAACAAUUUUCACCAAGUUUAAAGUACACAACAUUACAACGUGAUAGUUUGUGACCUUGAAUUGUAUUUGUAAUUUUUUUUCUUUUUUUUAAGAAGUGAUUGUAGAAAUAUUCAU